AUGGCCGAACUCCCACCCGGGACGGACCUGUGCAAGGUCCCCGCCGGCGUACCGCCAGAAGGCCACAUACCCCAGCUCGAUGCCGAGGCGCCUCUUGCAACGGCCACGAUUGCAGUCGCGACUGUGUUGACGGCUAUUUCGUUUCUGUUCACGGCGGGGCGGAUAUUUGUCAAUAUUCGCAAGUUGAAAUGGGCAGAUUACUUUGCUCUCAUCGCAUUUGUCCUCGACUGUGCCUACACCGGCCUUAUUCUUGGCAUGACAAAAUAUGCGCGCCAUCAGUGGGACACACCCGCGUGCUGGUUCGACCCAUCCUACAUGAAGAUCCUCUUUGUGCAGGGCACCAUUCUCGGUCCCGUCAUCUUCUUCGCCAAAGGCGCUAUCCUGCUCCUCUACCUUCAAAUCUUCACCAUCCACAAGCCCAUGCGCGUCGCCGUGUACAUCGGCCUCGUCCUCAACUUCUUCAUCUACUGGCCCAGUGUGCCCCUUGAGAUUGCCUUUGCCGCGCCGCGCCCUGGACAGACGUGGACGACGUUGCUCACGAGCGGGCUGCCAGAAAAGCUCAUUUACUGGGGCCUUGUCCAGGGUUCGUUGGCGGUCUUUAUUGAUCUUUACAUCUUUGUUCUGCCUCUGCCGGUGCUCUCCAAGUUGCAUCUGUCGAUGCGCAAGAGGAUUGGUCUGUGUGCCAUCUUCUUGACGGCGUUGAUGGGUGUGGUGGCGAGUGUGAUCGCGCUCGUCUAUCGAGUCAAGCUGCUAGACACAAAAGACACGACGUGGACGCAAAGCAACUUGUUCAUCUGCAUCAUCGUCGAGAACAAUGUCGCCAUCAUCGUCAGCUCCGUGCCCGCCUUCACGACACUCAUGAAGCAGCACGUCGCCGAGUCCGGCGUCUUCAAGUCGCUCGCCUCCAAGCUCUACGGCAGCCACUCGUCGCGCGCGACGCACACGUACGUCUCCAAGGAGAACGGAUCCGACCGCAGCCUGCGCAACUCGGGGUCGCUGCACGGGCACAGCAACAGCUCCGGCGGCGGCGGCGUCGGCGGGUACGAGUUCGCCAGCUACUCAUCGCCUGUCACGCAGAUACAAGGGGGAGCGCACAAGUUUACUGGCGGCAGUGACUACGGACGGCCGCAGACGGGGCAUGUUGAGUACGGGGAGAGGGGCAUUGUGCGGACAUUUGACAUUACGUGCACGCAGGAAGUGCGGGCCGAUUACAAGGUUUGA